AGUAGUCAUGUUCAAGUUCGUCCGUAUUAUCUUUGCUUACGACUCCUUAGAAAGAGAAGGAAAGAGAGAGAGAUUCUUUUACAAUGCAGGUAAGAUUUCAGUCUCAUAACUGAAUUCCCUUUGUUCUUCAAUUGUUUUUUCCCAGUUCAUGAAAAUUCGACAUGUCAACUUGAAAUUUCCAAUCGGUUAUAUUCGUUCUUUGGGAUAUUUUUAGCAACAGAGGACAGUACGUGUUGGAAAUGUAUCAGAUCUAGCUACCGAGAGGGAAAUCCGAGAGUUCUUCUCCUUCUCCGGCGCCAUUGAACACAUUGAGAUUCGACGGGAGCAAGAUGAAUCUAGGACUGCUUAUGUUACCUUUAAAGAUACGAAAGCUAUUGAAAUCGCUCUUUUGUUAUCGGGAGCAACAAUAGUGGACCAGAUAGUGACCAUAACUCUGGCAGAGAACUAUGUCCCAAAAUCUGAAGUUCAGGAGUUUAGGAUAGUUGUUGACGACGAUAUAAGCACCUCGGGGGGGAAUAACUCACUGUUUGCUGAGGACAAAUUUACCUCAUCUAGCCAGGCCAGGGUAAAUGGCAGGGUAUAUGUAAGUAAAGCACAAGAUGUUGUCUCCAGUGUGCUGGCAAAAGGAUCAGCUAUAGGACAAGAUGCUAUGACUAAAGCCAAGGCAUUUGAUGAGAAGCAUCGGUUGACCGCGACUGCUUCUGCUAAAGUCAGUUCAUUUGAUCAAAGAGUUGGGUUGUCUGAGAAACUGACAGUAGGAAUUUCUGUGGUGAAUCAGAAAGUCAAAUCUGUGGAUGAAAAGCUUCAAGUUUCUGAUAAAACGAUGGCUGCACUUUUUGCAGCUGAACGUAAAAUAAAUGAUACUGGAUCAGCAGUAAAAUCAAGCAGGUAUGUAACUGCUGGAGCUGCUUGGCUGAAUGGUGCUUUUAGUAGGGUGGCAAAGGCGGGUCAGGCGGCUAGUACUAAAACUCGAGAAAAGUGGAAUUCGACAUUCUCAAAUAUGACGGCAAAGGAUUCGCCUAUGGUUGUAUAGACUCAAAUUACAUCAACAUUGCUAAGUUGGCAAAGGCGACUUUUUCUCAAUGCUGUGUUACCAAGUGCUUGUUUUACUGAUGCGGGCGUCACCGACCUCUACACACAUAUUCAAUUCUUUUUGCAGUGUGUAUUAUUCUUUUCAUUUGUUUCCCUUCAAAUUUAUCGGUUUAUCAAAUUUUCGCUUUAUAGGCCUUUGUAUGUUUGCAACUUGCAAGUAUAAUUGGGUUCUUGUAUCAUAGACUCGUCAAUUCAUGUAGGAUCCUGUUAAUCACGACCUUUACGACCAUGGUUAAAUAUUAGAGUUAAUUGCCCUAAAUAGGAUUAAAUUGUUGCUGAAAUUCACAAAUAGGAGUAGUCGUAACUUUAUUC